AUGGAGGGGCCUGCCAAAGCCUUCGCGGCUCUGCCGCCGCCACCGGGGCGCUACGACCAGGAAACGUACAUCGUGCAAUUCCCCAAGGACCAAGUGUACCGUGUGCCGCCGCGCGAGAAUGCGUUGUUCGUAGAACAGUUCCGGAACCCAGUCACCCCGAAGAAAACGCGCAGUGGCGGCUGCUGCUGCUGCGGCAGUCGCGUCCUUCUCACCGUCGCUCUCAUCGUGGUAUCUGUCGUCGCCGUCGUUGGCAUAACGCUAGCCACGCUGUACUUUAUCUUCAAUCCCACGGGACCCGAAUUUAGCAUCGGCAAUUUGGUUGUGAAUAGCGGCGGCGGCGACAAGAACUCGCGGUCGCAGUACAGGAUGUCUUUGAGAGUGAAUAACCCAAACGACAAGCUGGGGAUCCAUUUUCCGGCAGGUGACGUGUGGCUGUUCUUCGAAGGGACGAAGGUUGCGGCGGGGAGGUUUCCAUGGUUGGAUCAGAAUCAAGAAGAAUCAAGCUCGGUGAUAGUUAACAUGAGUGGACCCAGUGCACUGUUUCGCAGGGUAAGCAACAGCGGGGAGGAACCUGUGGCGUUGAAAUUGGAGAUGAAACUAGCGAUGAGGAUCAGAAUCGCCGGAAUUGAAACGUGGCUUAUGAGGUCCUAUGUCUUCUGCGAUUUUCAGGUCACCGGUUUCGGGAACAAAACCCAUGUCUUGUCGCAAGACUGCUACACCGUAUUCAAACAAUAUUAA